GUUCAGCACCUGUAUCCAAAUUCCAACAAUAAUGUAGUGUAAUAUAAUAAUUAAGAGCUGUAUUCAUAUAUUCUAAAGAAAAAAUUAAAAUACUCAUCAUCCAAGGAGCUUUUCAUUAUUUCAUUACCAUUGUUGGAAAUCUCUAGACAACAUGGAAACAAAUGACUUCAAUGAUAAGUUACAACUUCCUGUGAAGACGCUAUAUGAAGAUCAUAAUAAAAAUGAUUGGGACAUGAAGGUCUCUCAAAUGGCCAAGACCGUUUCUUAUUCAGCAAUGAUUUUUCUGGUAUAUUACGUUAUCAAUACGCUAUUGACGUAUCUUGUGUAUAGUUAUUCAAAAAGGAAAGUCGCUGAGAUAGAUUAUGCUAGGGAUCCGUCUGAUAUGAAAGCUCUAAAGAGUAUGAAAGAGCCUAUACUUUACGAAAGUACAGUGUCUAAGAUCAAGAAAAUAAUCUGGCUAUGUUUCAUAAUCAUGGUGGUAUCGUAUUUAACAUCAAUAACAUAUCACCCGAAUUCGUUCCUACCCGAUAAGAGAGCUUUGAACUUGAAACAAGCUAUUUGGAAAGAAGUUAGUAGCGUAGUGUUAAUAUUUUGGAUUUCCAAUACUGGAUGGUGUGCUGCAGCAACUUUCUGCCAAAUAUUGCAGUACCAUCUAAUUACAGGAAUUAGUAUGGUUGGUAUAAUCUCUUCAAUGCCUUUCAUGAAUCAAUGUGAUAAGCAGCGGGUAGAAAAUCCAGAUACUCCUGACCACUUGUAUGCUGUUGAAAAUUUGCAGCAUGAGCAACUUAUUAUUACAGGCAAUUAAUUUAGGUCUAACGUCUAAGAUGUGUUCGAUUAUGACCUACCAAUUUAUGACUUAUCUAUAAUGUUACAUGGUUUCUGCGGAAGGUAAUCCUAGUUGUUGACGUACAAGACGCUAUGAGACUUUAGGAAAUACUAUCAAGCAGGUCUUCGUUGAUGAGGAUGGCUAUUUUAACUAUAAUGCAUAGUUACUUGGUCUUGUAGAGGUAUAAAGACGCCACAUAGCAGAGACCAUAUGUUAAAGUCCGAUAAACAGUGGGGCUAGUAAUCUUGUAUAUGAAUUUGAGCAGACCAGCUAAGCUUAUGUGUUAGCUAGUUAAAUAGCUAAUUUGAAUGUAAUAUGUCCCUUUUAGCUGCAGAAUUAACGUUAGGUUUGGUAUGAGUAGAGAUAUCCAUAGGAAAUUUGACGACAUACGACACUAUAUGCCGAUAUUGAAAUGUUAAGUUGGUAGUUGAUACGUAUAAU